AUGAAACACCUAUAUAGCGUUCAUUUCCUCAUCAUUAUGUUGGCUUUAUUAGCCACGGUAUGGCCUUGUGCUCUAGGUUUCCGAGGAUCGCCGGGCACAACCGCCUUAAAAGGGGCUACCGCACGUCUGUGGCCUCUAUACAGCAAGAACCGCCAUGCCGAUCGCGUGAAACAGAUUAGACGCCAGCGCCAUUUUUUCGUAAGGCGCCGUGAGGCGGACUCGAUGAAAGAGCCUGCCGCGCUGGAGCAGAUGGCCACCGCGCAGCGUUUUAUGUUGGACGACGUCUUUGGCAGACCACUCUCCCAACAUCUCGGAGACGGAGGUGUAAUACCUUAUAUGGCUGGCGUACCUGAUAAAGCGGCACAUGUUCGACGAUACUUCAACCUGACAUCUAUCAAGAACAAGGAGGUGGCAGAUAUGUGCCACAGCGUUGCAUACAGUCCUGGUGUCACCCGUGGCAAGUUCCAAGGCCGUGUUCCAAUAGCACAACAACCAUUCUACCGUUAUCCAGAAGUACAGGAGGAUGAGAUGGAAUUCAACAAAGCAGCAGCUUUCCGGAAAGGAAUGCCUCCACUGACACCGGAUCUUACUCAACACGAGCGUGAAAAUCGUUUGUACAGCGGCCUCCUCACCGAAGUGGUUUUCAAACACCUACCCAAGAAUCUCAUCAAAGAAAUGAGUGAAAUGGAGAUAGGUGCAAAACAGGGUCGCGUAGAUGUUGCUAGGCUUCGUGAGAAGAAGGAUGACCAAGCAUUGCCCGAGGCUACGGACGCGUCCACCACGUCUUCGUUGCCUUUUGCAACACCCUAA